AUGGCCUCUCGUGUAAUCUUUGACCCCCUCGUCGCGCUACGUGCAGCACCUCUCGUGUCAUCAACCUGCACCCUUCUCUUCGCAUGGGACCAAAACCUGUUCCUCGGCAUGCUCAACGCACCCAACACCCGCAAAAAGAGCACACCAGUCCUGCAAUCGUACUUUCAAACCUUCUUCCCAAGGGGGCUGACCAUGGUAUUGGGUUUCAUUGCCGUCUCCGCUACGACAGCCGUUGCGAACCUUCGUUUGAAUCCGAAUUUGCUCCGCGCGAAGGGAACAUUCUGGUGGUACGCUGCCGGCGCAAGUUUGUCUCUUGGGCAUCUUGUGUAUGUACCAUUUGUUGCCCCCAAGCUUCAAGCUUUGAUGGAGGCCAAGGAGGAUACGGAUCUAAACGACACGCUUGACAGCUGGCUUUCGCUCAACUGGCAACGUUUGUUGACGACUGACUUGGGAGCUUGGAUCGCCUUCGGUAUUGCAGUUACCGGUACUCUUCGGACUGCCUAG